UCCAAGUCACAGUCUUUAUUAAUUUUUCAGUUUGGAAAACUGUAGUAUGAUUGGCAGCUCAUUUCUCUGGGUAAUGAAGGGUAGGAUGCUCAAGUGUGCAUUUUAAUUUGCUAGGCUGGUUACAGUGGAGUGCUGUAAGGUUGAGUUGCUUUUGACUGACUUGGGAGAGGGGGAGGAGAUACUAGGUGAAUGAAAAGGAAGGAAAUGGAAAAUCAAAUCCCUUAACAGCCUAUAGUUUUGCAGCUUAAGAAUUUGUGUAUUAAAAAUAACCUUUCUUAUUGAGCAAUACAUUCAAGACCAGAGGAGUAUGUGAUGAGAUUGUAAACUUGUAGGUGUCUUUGUAUGCUGAUAGUAUAGUGGCUGGUAUAGAAAUUAUUAGAUUCCAGUACAACUUGACAAGAUGCUAAGGAAAUUUUCUGGAAUCACUCAUAAAAACCUCUUCUUGAGAAAGAAGAGCCACUUCUUUUCAGUAAGGUUGUUUUUCAAAUACUCUGUUCAGCAUCAGCCUGUGAAAGUAGUGAAGCCUAUGAAAAUUUCCAAAGACUUUUAAUCUACACUCGCAUUUAAUUUUGGGGGUUUUUGUAGUUUUGACAAGCAAAAUAUAAAUAAUUAAUGAGCUUUUUGUAGAAAUCAAAAUUUUUUAGAAGUUUCAUUGAAGAGGUCUUAUUAAAAAGGCAUUUGGAUAAUGUGUUCAGUGGACUUCUGCCUACAAAAGCAAGAAGCUGUGUGUGCAUUCACCCAUAUUCCUGUUUUGAUGCCAUGCAAAGAACAGCUGUUGUGGAACAUGUCUUCUUUCUGACCUGAAAAGAUAAUACUGAAUAGCUGAUUCCAAGUAAUCAGAUGCUGGUGCUGUACAUAAUAUAUUCUCUAAAUGUAUUUUUAGAUUUUUGGAUUAUCUAUCUAUGUGUUAAUUCUGUAUUAAAGGUACAGCCUUUAAAUUACAGCCUUAAGGUUUGGGUGUGUACAGUCAGUUGUAUCAAAAGUGGUCUGUGUUCUGUGGUGCUAAAAUAAGCUGUAAUACCUCUUAUAUCUUGAGAAGCAUUGUUCUUUACUGUAACAAGAUUUUUACAUGUAAGUGUAGAACAUACAGAACGUCUUUUUCUUUGUUUAGCAGUUAGGCUGAAGGACUUGUAUGGACCCCAAGCUUCCAGUAAUUCUGUCUGAAAGAUGUUCAGGACUUGCAGUACUAAAACAAAACUGCUAUAAUAUGAAUAGAGUGGGAGGCAGCCUGCAGUUUCCUGGUAUCAGGAAGGAACUGUUUUUCACUGGAAGAGAGCAUUCAACAGUGAAAGGAAAACCUAGUGAGAGAAACAAAGAGAAAAAAACAACCAGACCAGUGCGGAAAGUACAAAAACUGACACGGUUGUCAAGUCCAGAGUCCAAACAAGGUGGAAACUAUGUAAUAAAUGCAUCCUCCUGGCGGGAGGGACAAAAGCUAGUAAAAAAGAUACUGGGUCCAGCUCCCAGAAUAGAACAGGACAGAAGAGCUGUAUCUAGUGACAGAACAGGACGAGAGAGAGCUGCCAAGACUGCAGGCUGUAUUGGAAGGACAGGCUCAGAUUCUAGACUGGAUGUUACCUGUAAAACCUCUUCAAGAAGUUUUGAAAGGUCAAGAAGUAAAGUACGUUCCGAGAAUAAUCUGAAGAAACUGGAAGCUGCUCUUCCAGAUGAUAAGCAAGAAGAUCAUGCUUCUGUAAAUAAAGACUUCCUGCCCAUAGAGAUACGUGGAAUUCUCGAUGACUUGCAGCUGGAUUCCAUGAGUACAAAGCAGGAGAAAGAUGGGGAAAAGCAGAAUCAGAAAUCUCUUUUGUCCACUCAAAAUGCCAGGAGUCACAGUCCUACCAAAAGGAAACCGGACAAGAUAGCCGCCAGUGAGGAGCCUCAGGUGAUCUCUAAGAAACGUCACUAUGAUACAGAUGAGGUUCGUCAGUACAUCAUCAGGCAACAAGAGGAGAGGAAAAAAAAGCAGAAUGAAGAAAAGAAAGCACAGAAGGAGGCAACGGAACAGAAGAACAAAAGGCUCCAAGAGCUUUACAGAAAGCAGAAGGAGGCUUUUACUAAAGUGAAGAAUGUGCCUCCUCCUGAGCCUUCAGCAGCCAGACGGUUACAGGAAACCUAUUCUAAGUUAUUGCUGGAACGUACAAUUUUAGAAGAGCCACCUCAGCUGCCUGCAGUGCAGGAAACACAGCCCAGACCUGGUUAUCAGCCAUCUGGGGAAUCUGACAAAGAAAACAAGGCUCAAGAGCGUCCUCCAAGUGCAUCUUCAAGUAGUGACAUGUCACUUUCGGAACCGCAGCAGCCGCUGCUGAGGACCGAUUUGAUGGAACCUCCAUGGAUACAGCCAGACAGGUUGAGCCCAAGAGUCCAGCUCUCUCAUCCAUCAGCGCUCAUGGCCUCAAGUGGAGGCCCUUGCUCCCAACACUGGAGUCUGGAGCAGAUGGAUAUUUUGUCUAAGGAAUGUGAUGCAGUGUUGGCAGGCAGGAGGAGCCAUGCUGCACCCAUGGGAUCACUGACCUUGAUGCCUCAGCUGUACCUGAAUUCACCUGCAGCGCAGCAAAACUUCUUAGUGAAACCAACUUCUAACCAAUAUAAGAGCAAAUUAGAUCGGAUUGAAGCUUUGAAAGCUACAGCUGCUUCGCUUUCUAGCAGGAUUGAAAGUGAAGCCAAAAAGUUGGCUGGGGCUGGCAUCAAUUAUGGUACCAUGUGGAACUCUGACCAUGAAUUCAUGCAAGAAAAACAGGAUGAUGGGCAAUGGGCAAAGGCUGUGAGUCCUCCUGUGAGAGAGGAAAAUGAAGAUGCUAUUUCAGCCAGAAUUCAAAAAAUGUUGGGUACCUGUAUGUCUCAUACAGCCUUUGAUGACAGCCUUCCUGGUGCAGGCAACCUUAGUGAAUUUAAAAAGCUCCCUGACUCUAUCAGGCCUCAUGCUGAUGUAGUCAGCCUUGGAAUGAGGUCCCCUGCUGCUAACAGGCAUGAAGGGAUACCAGGAAAUUUAUGUAAGAGACAGACAGACUCCCCAGGGCAUGAAAACCAGGCUUACACUCUGAACAAAGCUGUAAUUCCUCAUGAGUCCAGCAUUGAGUCCAUCAGCGAAGGGCCUCUCCUAAGUGACGGAAGCCUCUCUGAAGAGGAAGUAGGGCAGCACAAACAGUUGCCACUGAAAAUGCUGGAGACAUUAAAGGAGAAGGAUUUCUGCAUUCGGGAGAGAAAUGCAUUUGAGCCCAUAAAGGAGUUUCAGAAAGCAGCUGAGAAAUAUUUGCCACUUUUCACUCAGACAAGUGAUGCACACAACAAGGGGCCAUGGGAGGAGCUGGUUAAGGGGAGUCCUCACAGUGUCAUCAACAUCUUUGCAAAAAGUUAUCAGCUUCAUGGAAAAGUGUCUGAUGAAAGGUUGAAUGGAGGGUCUGCCCUUCUACACCCUUUACUUCCUGCCAUGAGCCCUCCGGAGAGUGUGGUUUCUUAUGAAGAUGAUUUUGUCUCAUCACAGGGAAGUGGCACUUUAACAGACAAAAAGAUUGCACAUGACCUCAGUGUUGCUGGCAGCAGUAAUUCAAGCAUUCAGGAAGAAGUUGCGAGUAGGAAGUCUCCCCAUGAACCUCAAUCUGCAGAGCUUGCUUCUCAGCAUUCAUCUGGACCACGGUCUGCAGCAUCUUCUCGCUCAUCUGCUUCCUCUAAAAAGAGAGGGAAAAAGGAACGGUUGGACUCUUUCAAUGGAAUUUCUCACCACUUACCUGUGGAAGAAGAUAAAGUGCUAUCUGAAUUAGAGAGGGCAUCCCAACUGACAAAGAAAUCCUUAUCAAGCAGCAGAGUUUCUAGUAAAGAUCAUGAGCAGAACCCAGAUACAGACAGUACGCUGGAAAACUUGUCUGGACACUCCCUGAUGAGUUUCUCAGACAAGGGAAGAUCCCAGAAGACACCAACUUCUUCCCCAUCUCCAGGUUCCCAAAAAAUGUUGCAGUUUGACUCUAUAGGCAAUACAGCAGAAAGAGUCAAGUCACCUGCUGGCUUUGCUGGAAGUACAGCAUCAGGGCUGAAGCAUAAUUCAGCCUCCCCCGACUUGAGUCUGGGAGCUAGUAGGUCUGUAGCAGGAGCAGCCUCGACAAGCGGGUGUAUGCGCUUCUCCCCUGCUGGUCUUCAGCAUCGUUUAUCAGUAGAAUUGAACUACCUUAGUGCUAUUGAGGAGUCUGUGCGACAGCUGUCAGAUGUAGAACGAGUACGAGGCAUAUCGCUUGCCCAGCAGGAGAGUGUUUCCUUGGCUCAGAUUCUAAAGGCACAGCAGCAGCUCCAUGAACGGGACCUAGCUCUUUUAAAAAUCAAGGCUGAACAAGAAGCUUUAGAAAGUCAGAGACAACUGGACGAGGCAAGGCAGAAGGCAGCUCAGGUCCAUGCAGAGUCGCUACAGCAUCUUGUCCAGGCACGUCAGGAGGCUGUACAGGAGACCCCAUGCAAGGCUUCAGCCAAGCAGGAAGAAACUGUGCAUCUCACUACAGAUGCAGCUCAUCAGACCCGUGAGAUGACUGAGUUAGCACGAACGGAUACUGUCAGCACUCCAGCUGCUCCAGUCACCACCUUGUUUGACCACCAGCGGCAGCAUCAUUCAGAGUUCAUGAAACAACUGAGAGCCCGAGCUGAUACAAACAGGAAAUGUGAGUCUGGUGCCAUAUCACAGGGUAAAGAGGGGACAGGUGACUCGAAACAGACAUACUCGUCGAUGUUUGAUAGUUAUUCAGAGUCCUCAAGAUCGAAGGUUCAUGAUCAGAGUAGUACCAGCAGCCGCCAAGAGAGUCCUUCAGUUCCAUCUUCUAAAGAGAAUGAGAAAAAGCUUUCCCGUCGUGAAAAGAUAAAUAGCAGUAUUGAAGACCAGGCACCUACUGGUGUGGAUGAUUCCUUGCGAAGUGAUAGUAUUUUAUCACUGCCAGAUGAAAAAGAUUCUGCUUCUGUUGCAACAGAAUAUUCCCUGAAAUUUGACGAGUCCAUGACAGAGGAUGAGAUUGAGGAAAAGUCUUUCCGGUCUUUGCUGCCCUCUGAGAGUCAUCGCAGAAAUAACUUGGAGAAGAAGCGGGGUAAUCGUGAUGAUUCUGAUGAGGAAGUUUCCCCAGAAAAAACAGCUCUGUCAUCUAUCAAGGAGCUAAGCAUGCCAUUCUCAGGGGGACAAGAUAGUUUCUCUAAAUUUACCAUGGAGAUGGUAAGACAGUACAUGAAAGAAGAGGAAAUGCGAGCAGCUCAUCAGUCCUCGCUGCUUCGGCUCCGAGAAAAAGCUCUGAAGGAGAAGACCAAGGCUGAAUUAGCUUGGCUGGAACACCAGAAGAAGCAUUUGCGAGACAAGGGCGAGGAUGAUAAAAUGCCUCCUAUUCGAAAGAGGCAGCGUGGUCUGCUGCUGAGAUUACAGCAGGAAAAGGCAGAAAUUAAACGUCUUCAAGAGGCUAACAAAGCUGCUCGGAAGGAAAGGCAGCUGAUCCUUAAACAGCAGGCGGAAAUAGAACGAAUACGUCAGACUACAAUUAAACUGCAAGAGAAGCUAAAGUCUGCAGGGGAAAACAAACUAGAACUUCACAGUGAGGACGACAUCAAACAGAGCAAUGGUUCUAGCCCACUUCCAACUGAUGGAGAAACACGCAGCCCUUCCCCAAUCUCAAUCUCCAGCAGUGAGACUAGCAGCAUUAUGCAGAAACUUAAAAAAAUGCGCAGCAGAAUGGAUGAGAAACACUGCUCUCCUGUUCACUACUUCUUCUCUGUCUUUACGUCUCACCACUGGGCCUCUCUCAGUGUCUGUUUUCCCAACCUUCACCCCAAAUUCCAGCUGUAUAUCUACAACCAAUUGGUCAGGUUUCUAACCAAGCGAGAACAGAAGCUGAUGCAGCGUCGACAACAUGCUGAAGAAUUGUUGGAGUGGAAACGCCGCCUGGAUGCAGAAGAAGCAGAAAUACGGCGGAUAGAAAAGCAGGCUCUAGCUGCCUGGGACAAAGAGCUGCUCAAAACCAAAACAGCCAAGAAAGAGCUGGGGGAUCAGAGGACUGAACCCAAAGAAACGGCUAGUGAAGAAGAGUCUCCAGCACCUUCUUGCUCUCAUCUGAACAGUGAAAGCUCCAUCCCAGAAGAUCUGGGCAGUCUAGCUGCUGAGGCUGUCCCAUCAGAGACUAUGGGCCAUGGACAGCCAGAAAGCCUAGAUCAGAGUACAGCUAAUGAAGAAAUGGUUUAUUCUGAGGAGUUCAAGUCUGCCUCACCUGGCAAACUUUCUCCUUCCAGAAGCAGCAUAUCUGUAUCAAGGCAAGAUUCCAGUAAAGGCAGCCAUAGAACUGGAGGACAGCUACGUUCACCUGUAAAGUCUCAUCAGCUAUCUCACAACUGGUCUGAUGAAUCUUUAUCUAUGACACAGUCAGAAACCACAUCUGAUCAAAGCGACAUUGAAGGACGGAUCAGGGCCCUGAAGGAUGAACUGCGGAAAAGGAAGUCUGUGGUUUACCAGCUGAAAAAGGAACAGAAAAAAAGACAGAAGGAGAGACUGAAGGCCCAGGAAGCCAGUUUGAUCAAACAACUAGAGUCAUAUGAUGAGUUUAUCAAGAAGACUGAAGCAGAGCUGAGCCAAGAUCUGGAGACAUCGCCAACAGCCAAACCUCAGAUUAAAACUCCAUCCUCAGUUGCUGCUGAAAAACCUAAGAUCAAGGCACCACCGCUCCAUAGGCCUGAGACAGCUAAGAACUGGAAAUCACUGGCUGAAUCAGAGCGAUGCAAAGCAUCUUUGGAAUCCAUUUCAGAACAUGCAGAUACUGUGUCAUCAAAAACGGAGAGAUCUGUGUCUGUACACACCAAGAAGGUGGCUGUGACAGAUGUUCAUGGAGAAGAACCUUCUGGAAUACCUUCCUCAGUUUUAAUGUCACCAGGGCAUUCCAGAACAGGAUCCGGUGAUUCCUUAGAAAAUGUACCGUUAUCAUGUUUUCUCAAAGACGUGAAAGACGUUAGCAGACUAUCCCAUGGGUCAGUGAGCAAUGCGGUAAAUGCAUCCAGUGAUAAGUCUGCCUUCAGUUACAAAUCUGAGAUACAGGAAUACUUGGAAUACCUGAGGUCAGAGGAACAUGAAAUUGAAGGUUCUCAUGUCAAACCUUUGGAGAGUUCUGAUGUCUUGUUGACAUUAAGUAAUGAACAGGAGAGCUCAAAGGACAUCCUUGCAAAGCAAGUCCUCUGUUCUGAAAAUGAACACUCUCAGAAGGAACUGUUUAGUUCGGCUGUGGAAAGUCUUCACGGUACAGAAAAAAUCUUGGAACAGAGACUGACAAAUAGACAUGCUGUAACUGUCCAAAACACGGAAGAGUCUUCUUGCAAGCUCAGCAGAUCUGCAGAGGAAAAAGGUUAUCUGCUUUCGGAACAUCUCUUUAGUGAAAAAGAGCCAUCAUACCUUGAAGACUUUGAAGGAUCCACCUCCAGAAAACAAGCAUCAAUUGAAGAAAUGCUUCCUGGGGAGCGUUACAAAGAUGACUUUGAAGCAUCUCUUCUUUCCCCUAAUGGGGAGUCACUGAGAGAGCGGUCACAGCACACACAGACCAGCAGAAGCAGAUCCACCAGCCUUGGCAGUGAUGGCGAAGUCAGUGAAUACCUCAGUGACAGGUCUCUCUCUCUCUCUGGCAGUGUGCAUUCAGAGAGGCUAUUAGAACUGAAGUCCCCAACAGAACUUAUAAAAAAUACUGAACGUAGAGAUGUGGAGCAAGAGCAGGCCUCUGUUGAAUCACCACUGUGGGCCGCUGUUUCAAUCAUAGAAGAAACAGAUAGUUUGCCAGAUUUCAACAUUGGUGAUAGAGUACUUGUGAGUAAAGUUCAACCUGGAACAUUGCGAUUCAAAGGUCUGACUAAAUUUGCCAAAGGCUUUUGGGCUGGUGUAGAGUUGGAUAAGCCUGAAGGGAACAACAAUGGAACUUACGAUGGUAUCAAAUAUUUUGAUUGCAAAGAAAAGCAUGGUAUUUUUGCUCCUCCUCAAAAAAUCUCUCACAUUACAGAAAGUACCAAUAGCUAUUUAGACACAAGCAAUGAUGAAAACUCAUUCUUUGAUGAUAGACUGGAGAAGCAAUACAAAGCCUACCAGAAAGACAGAGGAAGUUCCAAACCUGGCAAAGAGGAUGAAAGCCAGAGCAGAGAUGUAACAGGGAACUAUUCCCAGGAUAAAGGUCCUGCAGACACAGCUGUUUCAGAAGCCUCAGCUGAGGAAAGGCUUGAUGAGAAGUUGUCUUUUAAAGCAAACAGCAAAAACAUUUCUGUAGCUAUUGAAUCAUUUACCCAAGAACAGUCAGUGGUGGGUUAUCUGAAGCAUGUUGUAAAAGAGGAGGCCAGCCUUGCUCCUCUUAUUUCUAGUGUUGCAGAUGAGAUUUCCACUGUUCAGUUGGAUGACAUCUCAGAUUUCCUUUCUGAAAAACUGGAGAGGCAGAAGACACUGGGAGAAGAAUGUGCUGAAAAGGUAGAUGACCUCCUUCCUGGACUUGUGGAGAAGCCUGCAACUCCACUUCUGGAUUUGCUGACAAAAGAGAAGAACCAGUUGGAAGCACAGCUUAGACUGCCACUUAGAGAAGAAGACAAGUCAAAAGACCAACUGGAAAAAGUCAGUUUGCUGACAGACCGUCUACUUAGAGAUUUUGUAAAAGACACAGUUGAUCAGUUACAGCAAAUAAAGAAGGUCAGGAAUGAGAAAAUCCAGCUCAGCAACCAGGAGCUCUGUGAUGUAAAAGAGGAAUACAGUACCCCAUCCCAGCAGGUAGAAAAGCAAGUUCCUGAUGGACUGAAUAGCUUUUUCCUGAGUUCUGAAUUUGAAGAUGAAAGAGAAGAACUUUCCUCUCCAGACAUGUGUCCCAGACCAGAGAGUCCAGUGUUUGGUGCCAGUGGUCAGGAAGAGCUUGCCAAGAGACUGGCAGAGCUGGAGCUCAAUCGGGAGUUCCUGAGUGUGCUGGGAGAUGAUCAAGACUGGUUUGAUGAGGACUAUGGCCUGAGUUCCCGUAAGGUCCAGCAGAAGCAGGCUGAGGAACCAGCAGUGCUGCCCAAGGUAGAACCUCAGAAAGUGCCAACAAAGCCAUGUGAGGAGCCUUUGGCAGUCCCUCAUACUGCAGUGGAGGUGGAAGUUAUGGUGCACGCAGCAGCUGAAGAACUCUGGAAAUUAAAGGAGCUGGGUCAUGAUCUUCAAAGUUUCAGCCUUCAUACAGAUCUUGAUAGUACUCUCAAAGAGCAGGACACAGACACUAUAAGCAAACAGGUUUACAAGAAGGUGGUAUUUGAUUUAACAAGAGAGAUCUUUGGGGAAAUGUUUGCUGAGGAUCCUAAUCUAAAUCAGCCUGUUUGGAUGAAACCAUGUAGGAUUGCAUCUGCUUACUUUCGCCGAGUGAAAGAUCCAAAUGAUCUGGAUGAAAUCAAGAGCUUCAUUGCAGCUGAAGUACUGAAGUUGUUCAGCCUCAGGAAGGAGCCUAAUCACAAAACAGACUGGCAGAAGAUGAUGAAAUUUGGGCGGAAGAAACGAGACCGAGUGGAUCAUAUACUGGUACAGGAACUUCAUGAGGAAGAAGCGCAAUGGGUGAACUAUGAUGAGGAUGAACUGUGUGUAAAGAUGCAGCUGGCAGACGGGAUCUUUGAGGCCUUAAUCAGAGACACUGUUGAUGUGCUCAACCAGAUAAAUGAGAAACAGAGGAGACUGCUGCUUGUCUAACAGUGCUGAAAAUAAACUUACAGCUGCUUAACCACUGAAUCAGAAGCCAGCCUUUCCAACUCCUGACAUACUCUCCACACUGCAAGUGCUGCUGCUGGACUUCCUUCCAUGUGUGGGGUUUAAAGGCAGUUCAGAUGUGAUUGAAAGAAUCUGAAUUUGCAUCCGCUGCCACUAGAGACCUCGCACUGGAUUUGGAACAAGCUGAUCCUUCACUCGAGGCUGCACCAGGGAAUGCUCAAGACUGUUUGUGUGCCAGUACAGUUAUGUCACAUAACUGUCAGCAGCUGUCUGGAGCCCUGGCCUGGGGGUUUGACAUGUUCAGCUUGUUCUCUGAAAGGGUUGUGGUAAGUUGGAAUAUUAGCUCUUUUGCUGGAAUGGCUGUCGGCCAUCAGUAUUCACCUUGUCUUUAGAAAUGUGAGUAAUUGGGAGAAGAAAUGGUUUGGUCAGGUUUUAGUCUUAAAUGGAGACUUAUCAUACUGAACAGUGUUAUAUAAUCCUAACACCUCUUCUCCUGCAGCCAACCUUACCAAUGUGCAUCAGUUUCUUUUGCUCCAGAGCCAGUUUAAUUCCCUUUUCUGUGAAAUUGGUCUUCACCUUUCUUCUGUGACAUGGUGCCAGGUGUGGUGCCAGCCAGUCCAGGGUGAUGAUGUUGCUUUCUGCAUUCAAGUAAAAAAUUCUUGCUGCUUUUCCUAUAUAACUUAAGUUUCAGUCCCAAGGUGGAGCAAGAUAAACACCGCCUAACAUCAAGUGUUAAAGGUGAGCCCGUGGACAACUUUCCUCCUACCGUGUAGCACUUCUCUUCCUAGAGCAUCAGCUGCUCCCAGAUAAUGGAUACUCAGGAUUUACUCAGGCACGAGACAUGCAGGAGUAGGAAACUUUUCCUCCCAAAAAUUUGGCCUUCAGUCCCUCAGCUUCCUCCCUUACUGUCACCCUAAUAACUCGGAGAAGCUGUUACUUGAACAAUUUAGAGAACAGAGUGUAUUCACCAAAGAAAGUGGGGUCUGGUGCUUUGACUGUCUGCAUGUUUUGUGCUUGUGGGUUUUUUAUUUAUUUUCAGAUAAUUUAUUAAGUGGAUUAUAGCAGAGUGUCCUGUGCAGUUGGCUGCACUGUCUUAGUUUUGAGACAGCCGAACUUGAGAAAGCAUCUGUUCUGGAAUAUUCCAGAGCCCUGUACUAUUCACACAAAACCUCCAGCUUCUUGAGGCAAAUACGGGGGGAAGGUGAGAAGAACCAAACCCUGGUAACGAGGAGUGGGUGCAAGGGCAAGCACUAGGAAUGAAGCUUCACCAUACCUGGUUCAGAGACAGUGGAGAGUUGAAUGGGCUGAGCUUGAAAAAGCUCUUGUCUGUUUCCUUCCUAUCCCAGACCUUCUAGGCCAUAGGCAGCCGUUACAUGGUUGAUUUGGUACUGGGUUCAACUGCAGCAUCCUUCUGUUGAGUGCUGUUCCUAACCUGUUCCUCCCAUUCUUGUGUUUUUGUUGGAGGAACAUAGACAAUCUGGGGUCAAAUGUUGAUGCCUUAAUAGUGGAUGUCUGUGUUUGCUAAUGUGGGUCAAGACCCAGAGGAGUGUCACUUUCUCCACACACACAGAAGUGCAGAAAGACAUUUUGAAGCCCACAGAGGUACCCCAAAGAUGCUGCAGCCCACAAUAGGUGUGGCAGGGAUCUCUACCACUUGGUUCAUCUGUUUGGUUCUUGGGCUUCCUGCUAUGUUCUUGAUUUUGCUUUCUUUUCCACUUUUUUUUUUUUGAGGGGGGAGGGGAGCUAUCAUUGGAAUAUUUGCAUUUUGCACAAUGACACAUAGCUGGUAAUUCUUCAGGGACAGCACUGGGAAAUGUUGGAUUUGUCAGAGGUCCAUGCAGAUUCUCAGAUGUAGUAUUGCCAGCACCUCACUUGAGAGUUAAUGGAGAGCCAUAUUGAUGGGAGCUUAAUGAGUGGAAGAACAAUGAGGAGGAGGUAAUGGUGUAUAGGAACACCUCCGACAAGCAUAUGUGUGUCUCUUCCACUGUAGUGGCCCUUCUGGCUAGCUGGAAAUAAGUGGUCUUGGUGGAGCAGUGUUCAGGUUUACCCCCUUCCCUCCCCCCCCCCCCCCAAGUAGUUCAUUUGUCCACAUAAAAUGUCAUUGUGCUGAACCAAGAAACUCUUGACUGCUUAAGAUAGAAGCAAACUAAAGCUGCUAUGUUUAACCAGCAUGGUGUCACUGAUUGGGUCACCGCCUCAGAUUCCCUUUCCUGGGUAUAUCACUUUCAAAAGUGGGGAUUGCUAUUUUUAUAGGUAGCAGUUACAGAAAGAAGGCAGAAACCAGCAGCACAGAUUUAUAGAUGGAGUAUCAGAGAAACAAAGUUGGUUUCUGUUCUGUAGAUACCAUGGCGGGUGUUGGGAAGGUUGCCCUGUGCCUCUGAAACUUUUUGCUGUUCUGCAGGGCUGGCAUAGCUUUUCUGGACUGCCCACCAGCAGGGAGAAGGUUGUACAGUUGGUCUGUGGUGCCAGAGACCAUUGGAGGUCAUGUGCCUGUUGUCUUGCUGGCUUGGGUAGCACUAGUUUAGUACCCUCAACACUAGUAGUAGCUAUUUUUGCAGCUGUUUGGGCAGAAGGAAGCUGUAUCUAAUUAAUGGCGUUAUUCCUUUGCAAACAUCUCUGUUUAUUUUUGGUAGCAAUCCUUGCUAGAAGCAACCCUAAAAAGACUUGAACGUACAUGAAUUACCUUCUCAAUACCUCAAGUGUGUUGAGUUGCUUUGAGUUGAGUAUAUACUCAAGUGUGUUGAGUACCUGUAGACUGAUGAUUACUGCGAUGAAGAAAUGGUCUGUCUCUGUCGCAGCUGGUAGCAAGGAGGUAUGGGGAAGCCUGGAGUCUCACAGACAGACUGAAUUCUCUGUUUCUUUCUAAUCCCUAACCUUCCCAUUGUAAAAAACAAGAUGAUAUUUCUGGGUCCUGGUUAUCUUGGUGCAACUAGAUUGGAAGAUUCAAGGCUGAGACAUUUUUCUGAGACCCUUAAGCUGUCUGGGGCAGUGGCUGUUGUCACUGGGGAGAUGCAGUUCCCUCUUCAGAACGAUCUUGGUGCCAGGUAGGAAAGCCCAGGCUUGUGAGGACAAGGAGUGUGAGUAUCUCUGUCAGAGCAGGAUGCUCCCUGAGGCGAGCUGUGGAGUAUCAGUACUUCUGCCUUUCAGAAAAGGCUUGUUGCUCACAGGGUGGAAUGAGGGAUUGAAAAAUCCCGUCUUGUUCACUUUCCUUUCUUGAAAAAGUGGCCUUAGCUUUUUGCAAUACUUGAAUAAGUGUGUACCUGCAGAAGAUCUUCAGUAGCACAGUGAUAGAGACCUUUUAAAUUACUAUUCUGGAAGGAGCUGCAUGCAGUUCCAACUUUCAUAUCCCUUUGCUACCUUAAAAAUAUUAGGAAAAUAAAGUACUUUUCAGCAGAAAAACAGUUGACUCUUACAAGGUAUUUAGUGCAUCUGAAGUGUUUACAAAUCAACUAAAACGGAGAAAAGCAAGCUGUUGAACUUUCUUGUAAUUUAAAUGUUAAAUGCAAAAUUAUAUACAGAUGAAAGAAGAAUACUGUAAUUAACCUGCAUUUACUAUUUUUUUUCCCCUGACUUUGCAGAGCCUUUUGAUACACAUUUGCAAAGCUGCCUUUUGGGAGGCUCAGUCUCCCUGUGUACUGUGUUGUGGAGAUGCUGAAAAGAAGCCCGUUUACUGUGUAUGUGUAAAUAACCUGGUAACUUGGGUUUUGGGCCAGUUUCAGCUAAUGUUCACAUCCAGAGCAGCUUUGCACAGUAGACAGACCCAAGGAUGUGGAGGGGUUUUGUUUGUUGGGUUUUUUUUGUAAUUAAGAACUGUAAAAUAACCAGGGUGCUCCCUGUGUACACCAGUGUAAAUAUCUUUGGUAACUGAAAUGUACUUUAAGAGAACAAAAUCUGUAAAUAAACUGAUUUAUAAAUUAA